AUGACCUACUACGAUGUCGAUGCUAUCCUCACAGAUGCUCAGAAAGUACCAUGCACCUUCGAGCUGACCGUCCCUGGACUGGGCUUCCUAGAAGGCAACAUGAGCGGCGACAUAAAGCAUGGGUCCAAAGUUGAGCUACCCCUCUGGCUAGGAGAGAUGCUUGCUCUUUCUCAAAGCCUUAGCACUGGUACACCCCUCGUCUCCCUCGACCACCCGCCGGCCCUCAGCCCCCGCGUCCUCAACGCUCUCAAGGCUGAUGCGCGGACUGUCGAUCUGAGGGCUCUGGUGCCUCAUUUCUACAACCUCGGUGCACGCGUUCUUGAAUUGUUUGAAGAGGAAGAGAUGAUCGAGGUGCUCAGCGAUUCCUUCAAAGCCAGGGCCGCCGUAAUAGCUGAUCAGGCUCAUAAUCCGCGAGGGGCUCUUGGAGAAGGCGCUGACUUCAUGCGAGGUCUAGAUGAAAAUGAGAGACAGCUGUUCAGAGCUUCGCACGAUAGCGCAAAGGCCGUGCGGACGUGGAUGACUGAUAUCAAGACGUGA